CCCGGGGUGUGACAUGUGCCCCCCCCCGACCCCCUAGUGCUGCCGGCCCCGCGCCCUGCCCAGUGCCGGGGAGAGGAGAUGGGCGCAGGACGGGGCGUCCCCAUGGCCCAGCUGGCCCUGCUCACCCUGCUGGCCCUGCCGGGCGCCGGGGCGGUGACAGUGGAGAACAUGCUCUCUCAGGCGGAGUUCUACCAGCGGAUGGACCAGUCCCAGCGGGAGACCGGGGAGUACAUGUUCGAGUUCGACCAGGACGAGAUCUUGCACGUGGACCUGGAGAGGAAGGAGACCGUCUGGCGCCUGCCCAACUUCAGCAAGUUCACCAGCUACGAGGCGCAGGGCGCCCUGGGCAACGCAGCUGUGGGCAAGGCAAACCUGGAGAGUCUUAUCAAAAGCUUCAACCACACACGGGCCCAGAAUGUGCCCCCUGAGGUGACCGUGUUCCCCGAAGGCCCCAUGGAGCUGGGUGAGCCCAACGUCCUGAUCUGCUUCGUGGACAAGUUCUCCCCACCGGUGCUCAGCGUGAUGUGGCUGAAGAACGGGCAGGAGGUGACCGAGGGCGUCUACGAGACUGACUUCUACCCCCGCCAGGACAACUCCUUCCGCAAGUUCUCCUACCUGCCCUUCCUCCCCAGCCAGGGCGACUUCUAUGACUGCCGGGUGGAGCACAGGGGGCUGCCCGAGCCCUUCACGAAGCACUGGGGUAAGGCCGGGGCACCCGGGGACCCCGCUAG